AUGGCCAGCGAUGCGGAGGUGUUCGACGACUUGGUCUUGGUCUACCCCUCGUCCUCGUCACGGCUCCCGUCGCCGUCGCCGCAGCAUCACUCGUCCAUCCCUAUCGACGCCUCCGAUGACUCUCGUCUCUCUGUCCCUAACAUCUCUGUCAGCAGCAAACCGCGAUCAAAAGUCGCCAGCGUCGUCCGCAUCGACGACAGCGCAGCGGCGAAGGGAAGGAAGGCGAAACCCUCCAGCGUCAUUGCAGCCAAACCGGCUUCCAGCGUGGGCGCCAAACCAAAGUCAACCAAGUCGGCUGCUCCUCGCUCGCCCUCGCCGUCUCCCCCGCCUCCCGCCCGCCCGCCGCUCGAGACAAUCCGCCUCGACAUCCCCCUCGGCGGCCCGGAGGACUAUGAGGUCGACAUCACCUUGCUGAGCAAGGCCACGGGCCAGCGACCAUCCACCCCCGUGCCCCCUUCGAAGAGAGACAUCAGCGACGACGACAGCCAUAGCGAGGGCGAUGACGAGGGCGACGGCAAGAAAGAUAAGCGGAAGCGGAAGAAGAGGAAGAAUGUUUCAUCGGAGUACUACGACACCGCCGACCCCUUCAUCGACGACUCGGAGCUCGCCCAAGAUGAGCGAACGUUUUUUGCACAGACGAAGCAAAAAGGUUUCUAUGUCUCUAGUGGGCAGGUUGCAUUGCUUAACAAGACGCCGAAAAAGCCAAAGUCAAAAAAGCUCAACAUUCUAGCACCCUCCGCCUCUGUUACCGCAGCACUCUCUAGUGGACCUCUUCCACCCUCUCUUGCCGCGUCGCUCUCCCUCCCCCCUGCUCCAAGUACAUCAAAGAUGCCGUCAUCGCCGAAGAAGCCCAAGUCAGAGCAUGGCUCGCGCGACGAGCCAAUUCCCCUGUACUCGGAUGUGGAUGAUGAGCAAGGGCAAGGGAUGAAGCGGAAACUGGCAGAACGACAUAGCCCCGCGCCGAGUCCGGCCAGUAAUUCCCAGGAGAGUGUAUCGAAGAAGAGGAGGAAAACAGUCGAGAUUCAACCAUUUAACCCUGAGCUUGAGAUUAUGCUCGAUGCACUCAGAGCGGCGAUUGGGAAAGAGAAUUGGGAAGUCAAAGGCAAGUUCCCUCCCAGUCUAAAACCGCUGCUUGCCCAAGUCGCAUUGAAGGCGGUGAUGCUUGGCGAGUACGACGACAACUUUUUCAACAUGAUGCCGCGGCUGUUCCCAUAUAACAAGUUCACGAUGUCGAAGCUGAUCAAGCGGACGAUUUGGCGGGAACACACGAAUCUCUUGCUUGAGCGGCAAAAUGCACUACUCCAGGAGCUCAAGAUCCUUGCGGACGAGGGGUUCCCGAAGGCACGGGAGGAGUGGGAGAAGAGCGUAACUUCAUGGGAAAAGCGACAGGAACGCGCAAAGGCGGAGGCGGAGGCGGGCGGCGGUUCUGUUGCGCAUUCUGUGGAAGGGACACCGGCAGCGUCGGACUCGCAGCCGACUCCGCGGAUUGGGGCGGCGCCGCUCGCACAGCGGCCCUCCUUAGAUGAUGGCGGGAAUGAUACGGGGGUGGAGCAUGAUGAUGGUGCCGGGACUGGGACGGGCAAGAGCAAGGAAUCCCAUCGGCCAGGGAAGAAGUAUCGGCUGACGGACACGAUGAAGGGGGUCAUUUGGCAGCUGGUGUGCUUGAGCAACGAGUGCUGUCGAAUCGAAAAUGAGAAGAACGUAUUGGAAGGGUCUAAUCAGAUAGUGAGUGAUCAGGGUGUGCGCAAGACACUAUACCAGAAGAUCGUUGGUGCGUUUCCGGACGGUUGGUUAUCAUCUGGUCAAAUUUCGCGUGAAGUGAGCGUCAUGAAGAAGAAAUACGAGAAGGAGGUCAUGGAAUACGAGGGGUGA